UACCGAUAACGACGCUCUGACCAAUGGCUACUUGCAGGUUAGAUAAGCACACAGACUACAAAGCCUCGGCCCCAGGUUUUGUUAGGACGGAAACCACUCCACUAGCCCCAGUGCCACUCCGGAUAUGAUCCACAAUCCCGUGUGCUAAUCCGGCCGGUGUCUGUUGUAGCAGUACUAGUACCUUCCAGUACUGUCCAAACAAAGUCAAGCACUCAACUCAAGCCCCGCUGCAGACAUAUAUAAAUAGGACCAGAUCCAUCGAUGAUGCUUAUCAGUUAUCAACUACUCUUCGGUACCAUUCGCAGCUACACAUUCUUGUCUAUUCGAUCCUACCACAUCCUUCUCAAGAAGAAGUUGAUCAUCCUAAUCCUAGCUAGAGCCUGGAUGGGGUCUCUGAUGGCCGGCUGGGAUUCGCCGGUUCUUGGCCAUGACACCAAAGCUCGUGUGAUGAGGAACCGGUCCCUGACGAAGGAGGAGGUGGAGGCCUUCUGGCGGCAGCGCAGGAAGCCGGCGCCGGAGGACGUCACCUCGCCGCUCAGCUCCCCUGGUCGACCUAUGGAGAAGAGCCCGCUGGGAAGCUCGCAGACGCAGAGGAGCAGGUCACCGGCGUCGUCUCCGGUGGCUGGCGGCCACGAGGAGAUCGACGCCGCCGACGCCGGCAAGAGCCGGGACUGGUACGUGACGAUUGCGACCAACCGCCGAUGAUGACACUGUACUUUGAUUUGACGUGGUGGACGAGGAGCAACUGGGCCUUCCUCAACGAACCGCCGCAGGAGGAGAGGCCGGGCACGGCGCACACCUACACGCCGCAGUUCCACGUCGCCGCCGGCAACGUCUGACCGGACAUGUCCGUAGAGUGUACGCAAUACUAGUACCACGUCACGCUGCUGGAAUGCCUAGGCUAGGCCUACUGCCUGCACCUAGGAUAGGUCAUUCCCCCCUGUAAAAUAUCCAUUGGUACAAUAUAUGUAUUGCAAAUGUAUAUGCAAGUUGCAUGUGUAUUAUCUAUUAUGUAAGUAAAGUACGGAGUGAAUUUCAAAAGGAUAUAAAAUUACAGGUUAACUUGGA